UCCUUUCCCAGGAGCUGCCAGGCCGGACAUGGCGGCUACUGGGCGGCCGACGUCGGGCAUGGUAGAGCUGGCUUUGCUCGAGAAGCUGCUGGGCCUGCCCAGAGGGAACAAGUACGGCGUCCAGGGGGAGCGGAAGGUUCCUGUUCUUCAAACAAACAAUGGUCCUGGUCUGACGGGAUUAAUGACCAUAGCUGCACACCUAGUUAAACAGGCUAAGAAAGACCAACUGCUUGGAAGCACUGCAGAAGAGAAAGCUGUCGUUCAGCAGUGGCUGGAAUAUAGAGUGACUCGACUAGAUGGAAGUUGUAGUAAAGAAGAUACUAGAAUAAUUCUGAAGGAUCUUAAUGUAUACCUUGAAGAUAAAGUGUACCUUGCAGGAAACAUUUUUACCUUAGCAGACAUAUUGAUGUACUAUGGAUUGCAUCCUGUCAUGGUGGACCUCACAGUGCAAGAAAAGGAGAAGUACCUUAAUGUGUCUCGUUGGUUCAAUCACAUUCAGCAUUAUCCAGGUGUCCGACAAGAUAUGUCUAAUGUCGUCUUUAUCAAGAACAGAUUAUACACUAAUGCUCAUUAAGGAAAAUCUUAAUGUCAUGUUGGAAGGAUGUUUGGGAGUUCAGAAGUUAUGCUGUUCAAAACCACUAACUUGCAAAUACUGGUUUGUAACCCUUGGUAUGUGAACCAAAAGUGUUGAUGCCUCAAAUAAUACAAUUGCAUUGAAUUGCUAUUGUUCAAUCAAGAAUUUUAACUAGUUAAAGUAUUGUAUAAUGUCUGAUUAAAUGCAACAGUGGAAGAAAGAUGGAAAUUGAGUUUUAAUUCACUAUUUUUUAAAAAUGAAAAGUUCUUUCAGUUAAACGUCCAAGUAUUUAAUUGGACCAUGUUUAAACAUGGUCUUUGUAGGAAAGAAUUCGUUAUUUUCUUUCAAUUAUUCACUCCUUUUGCUAUUUAUUGAAUUUUUUUGUCCAGCUUUCUUUUCAUUUUGUUUUCCAUGGAUGUUUACACUAGUUUUGUAAGAUUUAAGAGCUAUAUUGUGUGCCAAGGAUGUGAAAAAGGGAACAUGCAAAUGUUACAAAGUAUUUAUGUGACUGAAUAAAUUAUUUUAAAACUAUAGUCUUAAUUUGGCUGUGAAACCUUUUAGUUUUUCUUCUGUAAAGAGAAUGAAGUUCUUAAGGUUAGUUCACUUGCUACUUUAUUUUGUGGUAUGUGGACUUCUGUUUUGGUUCUAGAAGCACUUUCUUUCAAAAUGGGUAACAAAGCUACAAUUUCUCCAGAUGUGUGCUAUUUCUACACAAGUGCAAAUGUAAGUUUCAAGAUCUUAAAAACAACAACAACAAAAAACUCCACAAACAAAUAAACAAACCACUACAUAAUAACAACAUAACCUCUACACACCACCCAAAAAACCCGCUUCAGCUUAAGGUAACUCAGAAUGUUUUAAAGUUGGUUUUGAAACAAAAGACACUAUUGUUGAAUCAGACAUUUGGACAGGUCAUUUCACUGUAGAAUGUGGUCCUUCCGUUUAUAUUUUUAACAAAUUUAAAAGUGUUAACAGUGCCCUAAGGAUGCAUCUGGAUUGGGUAAUUAACCUUCUACACAAAUCAGUUAACGCUUGUUUUAAAACAUGGAAAAGUAUUUUAAUAUUUUGAUAUUUUAAUUUAUAAACUUGUGUUGCUUUAUACAGCAGCGUUCAGUAAAUAUCUACCAAGUUAUACAUUCUUUUGUCUUAACUUGUGCACUGCUUUAGGGCCUUCUCACCCUGUAAGGUAGAUAUAAAGCUAUCUUGGACAGUUGUUUGAGUCUUUUGAAUGCUACAAGGCCUUAAGAAAAAAGUAGGUAGAUAAUAAGAUAAAGUAAUCAAAAUAUAUCUUAACACAUAAAAGGACAGAAAAAAUUGCAUGAGUAAACUUAACAUAGAGUGCCUAGAACUGUCCAACAGGUAUUUGUGUAAAUACAUAGCUU